AUGGUUGGCUUUGUGGUGGUAUACCAUGAGGAUGAAGGCGAGAUCCUUCGGCUCCAUAAAGCAGGCGUGUCGUCGGUGCGGUGCAACCACGGAGAAUUCUCCAUCGAUGGGAGAGGGGCUUCUUGGUGCGUGGCUCGGGCUUCUGUGUUUAUACUCGCGAUCAUUGUGGGCUUCAUCGGGCCCUAUCGGGACUUAGACUCUUCGGCGCGGGCUCUGGGCACCCGGGUCGGGUUCUAUUUGUCAGAUCCCACCUCCAUCGAGAGUUCCGUCACUCAGAUCAAGGCGAACCGAGGUGGCUACAUCGAGAUUGGAAAGACCUUCAGACUGGAUCGCUACUCGUGUUGUAUCCUGCAGGGUGAGCGCAGCGCUCUCCACGGGCUAGACGAAGAGCUAGACGAGAGUGACUCUCGCAGGUCGAGUGGAGAUGAUGAGUUGGACGAUGAGACUGGAGGGGAGAGCAUCUGCGCAGUCAGCAGUGCUCGCGGUGCAGCGCGCGUCAUCGCAACCUGGCUGGCGCGCGUACACUGGGCCUGUACUUUGCUCGUUCGAUAUCUCCGGCGCCCGAGUAAGCAGCUCAUGCUUGGCCGCAAGACUGCUCAUAAGCUCAGCCUCCUGCUUCGAAACCCUCUGCCGAUCUCCCGGCCUCUCCGCUAUCGCAGCACGAAUCCUCUUGGGCACAUUGUCAUGCGAUUCUCUCCUGUCUCUCCACGAUGGAUCCGCCGCAUGUAUCUCCGGCACUACGAUGCACGCCGACGCUCUCUCCGCAGACCUUUGGGGGUUGUCGAUGCGCUCCUCACUGAUCUCCCUAUUCACUCCACCGAUUCUCACCUACUCUCAUCUCGCACCGCGGUCUCAAGCCUCGUCGCCGCGUCGCUCAAGAGCCUAAGCCACGCUACUAUCGCAGACCUGUACUUCAAGAGGUACCCUCGCGUGCACCUCAAAGUCUGCGGCAGUGGGGGGUUGUGCUCUGUAGCUGGAGUCUGA